GAUUCAUAUAGCACUUUCAUUUUUAAAUAAUGUAUGGUAAGAUGUAUAAUAUAUGAAAAUGAGAUAUUCUUUAAAAUAUGCACGACCUUUUAACUUCAACUAUAAUUUAGGUGCAUAUUUGUGUAGCUGCUACAUACAUGUAUGUAGGGCUCAAUGAUAUGAAGGCAGGAUCGAAACGUACGGUCAUGAUCAUACUUUCUUUCAAUAGACACAUGCUUAAAAAGUAAAGUCAUAGGCAUUCUCUUGCCCCGCACUACCAAGGGCUACUCUUCAAGAUUAACAUAUCAUGAUUCAACAAACCACAUAUCAAUACACCUAGUUCCUCAAUAUUAACAAAGAUAGGGUGGUUUAACAGAUAUAUCAGUAUGGCGAAGGGUCACUGGAUUUUCAUCAUCGCGAAAAUCAAUGGUCAGCGGUACCGUAGCCUGGCUUGCCUACAUUUCGAUACGCUAUUCAGCGCGAGUACCGUCGGCAUCGCUGUCAGUAUAAUAGCGUUUCUUCAAUCAGAAAAGAAUCGACCUCGACUCGAGUACGAACUAGCCUAUGCCAGGACUCUGACGGAGGAACAGUGGAAAUCUGAGAAUACCUACUGGAACCAACCCAUGUUCCCCUUCCUGGCCACAUGCCUUAUCGAUGCGGUUUUAUCAUCCGGCAGUAGCAGUAAGACGUCGCUUUUGCCUUGGAACUCGGUCUUCGAUAUUGAAUCUGACGAGGAAGGAAUGUCUGUUUUUGAUAUCACGAAAUAUGAAGUCAGUCACUGUUUCGUACAGCUCAAGCCAACCACAACUCGUAGGGACAUGUCACAGGUCAUGGUACCACUCUCCAGUAGUGAGUAUAUAAGACUGUAUCAUCAGGAUAACUGGCACGAGAGACACCGAGCGCUAUUCAACGCCUUAAGCGAGGCUCGUCUCAUCGAUGCCGAUGUCCUCAACGAGCUGUGGCAAGAUCAAUUAGUAGGAGCAAGAAUCGAUCGAUUUAAGUCCCGUCGGGGCCCGCACCAACGGGGCAUAGGUCGAAAUGAAACACAAUCGAGCUUGCUCGCUGCUAAAGUGCUGCAAAAGAAAGACGCAGCUAGGUAUGCAUAUCACGCCCGCGUUGAGGACCUUCUGCAAGAGACGAGCGUCGAAGAACUAGGAUCAAAAAUCCAACAUCUACCCGGAACCGCUUUUAGAACUUUUCUGUACGAUAAUCCCCAUUAUGUCACCGAUCAUGUCUCUGGUAUAAAAAUUCUCAGCCUAGCCCUAAGAAGGCACCCGAAAAUGGACCUAAAACCGUUCGUCUCGAUGACCGGUGAGCAAGUUAUCGAGCUAAUGGAUUUAAUCGAAGCUGGCCAAGACGAGGGACACAUGAGUCUAUUCUCUGGGGGCACCUUUGAUUUUCUCGACAUCUCGUUUAACCAGAAGAUCAAUAUAGAAGACUUACGCCAGAUCCUAGACGGUAAGCGUGUAGCUACUCUCUACGCCUGGAAUAACCCUCUUCUCCCAACUGCAGAAUUGAAAGAGCUAGUAAAGAGUGGGAAUAUAGGGGUCUUGCACGAUUCUCGUUUAUAUCUCGAGGCUUUCGACGAAAUUAGAUCGGAUACGGCGUCUCUGAGCCAUAUCCAACACACUAUACCUGUUAGUCAGCUAAUAUGGAUGUACUCUUCUGUGAGCCCAGAACUAGUCGAAGAAGAUCCGAAAGAUAUUGACGGUUGCGAUAUCGAGGCACUCUAUAACGCUUUGCUGAGAUCGACAGACAGGGGGGAGAGAUGGACGUCAGAAUUGUAUGUACGAUUACUCAACCUGGAACUUCGUGAAGCGCAUCUGGGCGUGGCUCAACUUUUCGGCUUUGUUACCCGUUUUCUGCAACAACUACCUGGCAUGACUCUAGAUGACGCGAGUAAUGCCGAUCUUGAGAUGGAACUUGUACCUCGUAUUCCUUUAAUGCUUUCUACAAGGAAUCCGAGGGAGGCGUUUGAAGUUCACCCUAUACCGCGAGGCAUGUUCUUUAAUAGGGUGUUAUUCGGAAGUUUUGCAAGCGAUCCUUUCCAUCCUAUUUCAUCGGAUGAAUGGACAGUUAUCAUCAUCCAAGAGCCAGAACUCGCGCGAUUCCGCUAUGCAUUCAUCAGCCGUGGUGGAGACGGCUGCCUUCGGGUGCUUGAUGCUCAUGAUUUCGCACAUGAAAUGAACGUCGGUCCCAAUUUUAUACUACACCAGUGGAUUUCCAAAGUACAGCAGGUUAUGGUCGAGGUAAAAGACGAAAAUACAGGUAACCUUCUAGAGGUACGGGCGGAAGUAAAACCGUGCGAAGAGGAGAUGGUGGAGAAAGUUAUCGAAUUAACAAGGAGAUGUGAAGAGUGCAGAGAAGAAAUUCAAGUCAGCGUUGAGAUAUACAGAGAGGGGUCACCAUCACGUGAUAGCGCGAUUGACAGCCGUGUUUUAGCGCCGGUGGUUAAUCCGCCAACCCGAUUUGGAUUAGACGAUUCUUUUAGGAACAUACAUAUGUAAGAAGAAGUAUAGUACUAUACAGGGAUUGCUUAUCGAGAUAAGCAUAUCUACAUACAAUUGCAUCACCCAUUUUAACAUUCAA